GGAUUUGUGGUUCUAUGGAUUUCGGGUUUUUUUUGUUCCAGUGUAGUCCUGUCAGUUCAAAGCUUUCGGCUUCAAUCCCAGUUGAACUGGCGCACUAGUUAUCCUAAGCAGUCAGCUGUGAAGGGGUCACUGUCGCCCUGGCAGCGCCCAAAGCAGUGUGUGGUAAAAGGUAAAAAAAAGAAGCCAGGCCAAAACUUGAUUACAAAAUGCUUUCAACAGUCAGAAGAAGGGGUACACAAAUACUAUUUUCACUUGCGUUUACAAGAAAAAGAAACCCCAUAAAACAUCUAGCAACUAAGACAUGGCACCAACUAUGCAUAAAAGAGAAAUCUCAAAAAGAAAUAAGAUCAAAGGAGAAAUUAAGACUUGUACUGCAUCAAUAAAGAGGAGUCCCUCCCCUGUGAUGAUCGAGACAACGACAUCUAUCGGGUUUAAUGAAGUUGCUGUCUACUUUUCUGAAGAAGAAUGGAGAAAUUUAGAGUUAUGGCAAAAAGAGCUGUACAGUAAUGUGAUGAGGGAAAUUCACACUACUCUAAUCUCGCUAGGUUAUACUAUUGCUCAUCCUGAUGUUCUUUGCCGAAUUAGAAAAGAUCAAGAUCCAUAUAUUAGUAGCCUGGAAGAAGAAAGGAAAACUUCUUGUUUUCCCUCCACCAGUUCUUCGGUUCUCAGUCCUGACAUCUUAUUCAGGAUUAAGUAUGAUGAUGUUCCUAGUUGCUCUGAAGAUGAAAGUGAAACAACAAAUUACCCUAUAUCAGAAGAACCUGUAUCAGAGGCCACCCAGUUGCCAAACUUGAAGGAAGUCCCACCUGGCUUUGGCUGCCUUUUGGAAAAUACUGGCAUUUCUGUAAAAGAAGAAGAGUAUAACAGUGACCAGGAAAAUAUUGAUGACGAUGAUAAUAAGUUUGACAGUGAUGACGUGAAAGGUGAUGAUGAAGAAAGUGCUAAUCCCAAAGCAGAAGACAUAAAUCAGCUGAUUUUCAAUCCAAAUUUAUCUCUCUGGAUAAAACACGUGGAUGAGUCUUCAGAAUCUCAAGACGUACAAAAUUCUUGUGUUGGAGUUGAUGAUUCAAUCCGAAAAGAGGAGAAUGGUGCAAUAGCUUCUGUCAAACCGGCAAUGCAGAAAACCUACUUGGAGCAUUUCUCAAACAAGGAAAAUUCUAAUGAGGACAAGUUGCCCUUUGGACAACAAAAGGUUCCUACAGUCAAUAGACCAGAAAGUAAUACAAAAGGGGAAGAAAGCCUCCUCUCCAUCGUGCUUAAGAGGGCAAAUGCCGGCAGCCUGUACCCUCCAAAUUACCUGUAUUUUAAUAACUAUAAAUGCUCAGAAUACACCAAAGGUAUCCCAAGACUUGCUGAAAAAGAGACGUUUUGCAGUACCAACACGUCAAGUUUGCAGACAUCAAAAAGCAAUGACAUUCUUAGCAGUUUUCAGUCAGUGAAGUCUGUGCCCGGAUUCCGAACCAUUCAGGAAAUAGACAAACCGUACAGAUGUACCGUAUGUGAGAAGACGUUCAAAACUAUAGGUAUUCUUAACGUUCACAUGAAAACGCACACUUAUGUCCGACCAUAUCAGUGUAAUGAAUGUGGCAAAAGCUUUCGUGACAACUGGAAUUUAAAAGUCCACCAGAAAAUACACACAGGCGAGACGCCGUACAAAUGCGCCAUAUGUGAAAAGGGCUUUAUUCAGUAUGCUACUUACAUGAAGCACCAACGCAUUCACACUGGGGAGAAACCAUACGUCUGCUGUUACUGUGACAAAAGCUUUACAAACAGUUCCAACCUAGUCAGGCACCACCGAACACACACAGGGGAGAAGCCAUAUAUCUGUGUAGAGUGUGGCAAAAGCUUCAGUUAUAACACAAGUCUCAUUCAACACAAACAAAUCCAUAAAAUAGACCCUGUAGAGAGUGGAAAGAUAAAUUCUGAGAAAAAAUGAGUCUUGGUUUUAGGGGUGGAGGGUUACUGUGAUGCUGCUUCCCACAUUAUAAAACACUUGUUAAUUAUGAUUACUAAUGUAAGAUAUUUGCACAUGUUUCAGAAAAAUGUCCUAUUGCUGAGGGUAUUGAAUACAUUUCACUUUGAUUUGAAGCUGCAUUAACCAAUUGAACUACAGAGGCACAAGCCAAUCACACAACAGGAAGAGUACUUUAAGUAACAAAGUAUAGUCAGAUGGUGUAUCACAAACAAGUGUAGCUACAAAGCAGUGAUCCCCAACGAGUGGCACGAGACCAACAUGUUGCUCACCAACCCCUUGAGUGUUUCUCCCAGUGGCCUCAAAGCAGGUGCUUAUUUUUGAAAUCCUGGCUGGGGCAAGUUUUGGUUGCAUAAAAACCCAGUGUACUGCCAAACUGAACCUUCUGUAGGCUGCCAGUCUACAUAGGAGCUAUCAAAUAGCCAAUCAUAGCACAUUGGCACCCUGGAUAUUUUUUCAUGCUUGUGUUGCUCCCUAACACUUUGUCCCAUUUGAAUGUUGCUAAUGCAUAUAAAAAGAUUAGGGUCCCCUGCUAUAGAGGAAGCAGCCCUGUGAAUGCUGAGCAACCCACUAAUAGGCAGCUUCAUCAAUAAUGUUUUAUUCCUAAAAUUUAGGUUUGCCCUAAAAGGCUUUUGCUGUAGGGCCCAGUAUCUUAUUGCAAUCCUCAAAUCUAGGACUGAGAAUUAUGUCUGCAUGAUAACUGCUCUGCUGCCUCCUACAUGCAUGGAACUGUUACAAAAGAUCCCAGUAUUACUUUGAAAUCCUGAAUAAUUAGGCUUGUAAUCAUGGGAGUAAUCAAUACAGAUGGUACAAGCUGUACUGAUGAACAAUACCCGGAUUUACUAAAGCUCACAGAUGUGUAUGACAUGUAUAUAUUAUGUAUGGAGUGUGUGGAAUAAAGUGCCAAACUGGAUAUUAA